GAAGCUUGCCGAAAAAAAAAAAAAGAAAUCACAGGUAAGAAGAAUUGUAUAGGUAACGAAAGGGAUUGCUCAUCUUUGGGUGUGGAAAAAUUAGCAAAAAAGAAAACUCAAACCCCCUACCUUUAUCUCUCUGAAUUGGACUCAGAGAGAAAAGAAGACUUUCUUUUUGUGUCAUUGUUUUAUAAAAAUCUUUCCAAAUUGAGAUGGAUCAGAUAUUGAACAAAGUGGGUUCUUACUGGAUAGGUAAAAGAGCCAACAAGGAGCUUAAUUCUGUUGGUGAUGACAUUAAUUCAUUGCAAAGCAGUAUUGAAGGAGGAACAAAAUGGCUGGUGAACAAGCUUAAAGGAAAAAUGCAAAAGCCCUUGCCAAAUCUUCUGAAGGAGUAUGAUAUUCCGGUAGGUAUUUUCCCCCGGGAUGCCACCAAUUAUGAGUUUAAUGAAGAGACGAGGAAACUCACUGUCUAUAUACCCUCUGUAUGUGAAGUUGGUUACAAGGAUUCAUCUGUAUUACGCUUCUCUACGGCUGUUACUGGAUAUCUUGAAAAAGGAAAGCUAGCUGACAUUGAAGGAAUGAAAACAAAAGUGAUGAUGUGGGUAAAAGUUACUGCCAUCUCAUCUGAAAAAUCCAAGGUUCAUUUUACAGCUGGGUUGAAGAAAUCCCGGAGUAGGGAGGCUUACGAGGUUCUGAGAGAUGGAGUAGCUAUUGAAAAGUUCUAAUGAUAUAACUGGCUUUGAACGUUUAAUGUACUAUGUGGCCAUUCUGAGGGCUCAGAAUGACAACUUUUGUAUGACCCAACUCCUUAUUUCUUCUUUUUAUGUGCUGCUGCGAUCGUUGUGUUGAUUUUCUAAGUUUGAUUUCAAAGUUUGGCCCUUA